AUGUCUGCUGUGAGCCAUGCCCUACGCACGCCAGUUUCUCUAAUCCAAGGGCCUCCCGGUACUGGAAAAACGGUUACUUGUGCCAAUAUUGUAUACAAUCUGUCCAAGUCCGGAACCGUAUUAGUUUGUGCACCGUCGAACAACGCUGUUGAUAACUUGGCAAAUGCCGUGGCUAAAACAGGCAUCGAUGUCGUGAGACUCGUGAAAAAAACGAAAGAGACGGUUAAAAGUGAUCUUUCAAAUAUAUAUCUUAGUGAACAAAUUAAAAAGCUUGCUGGUCAUUCAGAAUUUAAAACUCUUCAAGGGCAGAUUGAUCAAGGUGUCGAGUUGAGCCCAAAUGAGAGAAGGGACUACAAUUAUCUGAGAAGAAUGGCGGAAAUCGACUGUCUAGCGAAUUGUCGAGUGGUGUGCACAACUUGCUCCGGCGCCGGCGACAACCGUUUAGAAAAAAUCAAUUUUUCUUCGGUGGUCGUGGAUGAAUGCGCUCAAGGCUUAGAACCGGAAUGCAUCAUUCCAAUCACCCACGGAGCCAAAAAAGUGGUGUUAAUAGGUGACCACUGUCAGUUGGGGCCGGUUGUUACGUGUCCGGACACUAGAAACGGAGGUCUGCAUCGUUCUCUGUUCGAGAGAUUGGUAGCUGCUGGCCUACAACCAUUUCGUUUAACUGUACAGUACAGAAUGCACCCCGAGAUCAGCGAGUACGCUUCACAAACUAUGUACGAGAGUACGAUUAGGAACGGCGUAACUUGUAGCGACCGAACUGGGUCGAUUGAUUUCACGUGGCCUAACCCAAAUGUGCCGAUGGUAUUUUACUCUUCCGAUGCCAACGAACGAAAAUCGCGAUCGGGCACGUCUUUCUUGAACUAUGGAGAGGCGAAAGUUGUUGAACAACUAGUAGCCAAACUCCUUAGCAAAGGAGCUACUCCAAAUCAAAUUGGUGUUAUAACUCCAUAUGAAGGACAGCGAUCACUUUUGAAACAAAUUCUAAACAAGAACAAAGGGGUGGAAGUCAGUAGUGUGGACGCUUUUCAAGGCCGUGAAAAGGAGUACAUUAUUAUAUCGUGUGUCCGCUCGAACGAGAGAAACGUCGUUGGUUUCCUGAACUGUGUCCGUCGGCUAAAUGUGGCACUUACGCGUGCAAAGUUUGGUCUUUUUUUAGUUGGUAACGCUAACUUUUUGGUUAAAAACCCUACGUGGAAAAGUUUACUACGGUAUUAUGACGACAGAAAUUUGAUUGUGGAAGGAACAGUUGAUGAUAUGCGUACAGCACAUAUUAAGUUUGAUUAA